AUGCCUGCUCCUCCCGUCUUCCAUUUUUUCCCCCCAGAGGAGAUCAUUGGAGGUCAUGAAGCACAGCCUCAUUCACGUCCGUACAUGGCGCUUGUUGUGUCACUUCGUGAUGGCAAGAUGGGACUGUGUGGUGGUUUCCUUGUGGAGGAAGAUAUUGUCCUGACAGCAGCUCACUGCUGGGGAAGACGCAUGAAUGUCUUCUUGGGGGUCCAUGACAAUGAGUUGCAAGAAAAGACAUGGCAGAAAAUUCGUGUGAAAAAAGCCAUCCCCCACCCUAAUUAUAACAAUAAGACUGAUAAUAAUGACAUCAUGAUACUACAGCUGGACACAAAGGCCCAACUGACUGCAGCUGUGGGCCUAAUCCGCCUGCCUGGAGAAAGUGACCAUGUGAGGCCUGGGCAGGUGUGCAGUGUGGCUGGAUGGGGCAAUAUCUCUGACAAUGAACCAACAAGCAAGCUGUAUGAGGUGGAUCUUGUCAUUCAGGAGCACUUCCAGUGUGACAGCCGCGUGCCCUAUUAUGACAAGACCACUGAGUUGUGUGCGGGAGACCCUCAGAAAAAGAUGUGUUUCUCUGAGGUGGAUGCCACUGGCAUGCAAGAGCCCAGGUUUGACCCGCAAGUUCGGAUUUAG